AUGGCAACAAGCCUCCCUCUUCUCAGAGAGCAGAGCAUUUCUUUAGAAGACGCCUUGACAGAUGAUGACAAUAUCCUGCAUCGAUUAGAUUAUCCGCAGAAAAAGAAGGAAUUUUGGUUGCAUCUUCUCUCCCAUAGGAGUGAGAUCGAAGAACUAGCGUCCUUUCAUCUUCGCGCGAAACAUUGCCAGGUGGCUGAUGAAGCUGACUGGUUAUUUGGCAGCUAUAAUGUGUGCAUUCCAGUUAAUGUUAACCCUCCAUCCAAGCAAAUGGUCCUUGUUCGAAUCCCAUUACCAUUUAAGAUCGGCGAGAUGAAUAAUCCUGGAAAUGUGGAUGAAAAACUACGGUGCGAAGUAGCUACCUACAUUUGGAUUCAUGAGAACUGCCCAACCGUCCCUAUUCCAUCCCUCUACGGCAUAGCAUCCUUCCAAAAGGUAAUCACUGCACCUCUAUCUCUAUAUCUUUAG